CUACCAUGGAUCUAAGAGAAUACCUCAAAGGCUAUAAUUUAUGGCUGCCGCAGUGCAUGCGCGACAAAAUUCGCAUCAAUCUCGUCACAUUUUGCAUGCCUACAACACCGGUUGCACGCUAACCUAUCGUUAAUCCGUGAAAUUUCGCGUGUUUAAUAUCAGUUAUUAAACAUUGAAUACCAUUUGAUAUUUAACUUUAAAUGAAAUAUUUACACUUCGACUACAAGUUAGGUUAAGAAGUGAGUAAAAAAAGUGAACGCAAUAUUUAAAGACCUCGAAGUCAUACGAAUUCUAAUUCGAAGAUAAGCUAAAGGAAAAAAUGACUUCCAAAAUAACACCACCGAUAGAAAGAAUCCAACUUUUAGACAAUAUCGAGAAGGAAGUUAUAAACUGUUUACAAAGCGCAGGACAAGCUAUCUUGGAACUGGGCAAAGAAAAAUCAAGCAUGAAGCAAGUAGAACAGAAUACUACUCACUUCUUGAAGUCUCUAGGAAUUGUAGAAUCUAAAUUGAGUGAGCAAAUUAAUUAUCUUACACAGGUUUCUACAGGUCAACCACAUGAAGGUUCUGGAUAUGCGAGUCAAAAGGUACUCCAAAUGGCAUGGCAUAGAUUAGAGCAUGCGCGAAGUAGAGUUAAUGAACUAGAGCGUAUAAAAAAUAAAUUACGAUAAUAAUAAAUUAUAUAACAUUUUUCUUGUGAGAUAUAUAUAUAUAUGUAUAUAACUAUACACUGGUAAUAAAUCUUUUAAAUACAAAUUA